AUGUCAAAGAUUCUUGCCGCCCCUUUUAAUCCCAAACUUACGGGUGCCCUUCUCGUGGCACUGUUGUACUACCCUCACAAGUUACGAUCUAUCGUACCGACCAGUAUUCAACCAUAUAUUACUUCUCCGUCCUUCGUUCGAGCAUUGAAGGCUUUACUCGUAUUUGGUGUUCUGAAAGGUGUCAAUCAUAAGUUAUCUCAGCUGGUAAUGAAUAAUUGGAAGAGCCAUGCGAAGUUUAUCAAAAGUCAGGAGUUAGUGUUGAUCACGGGUGGAUCGAGUGGAAUUGGGGAAAUAAUGGCAAGAGACUUUUCAUCCAAGGGAGUUAAGGUUGUGGUGAUGGAUUUGAAUCCUCCCAAGAAUCCAUUUCCAUCAAAUGUAUUUUAUUACCAAGUAGAUGUAACAUCAUCAUCUCAAAUUUCCUCUGCCGCUUCCGAAAUUCGAAAAGGUCAAGGAGAUCCUACCGUACUCAUUAAUAAUGCAGGACUGGGUUAUCUCCAACCUAUCUUGGAAGGAACCGAAGCACACAUUCGAAGAACCUUUGAAGUUAAUACCAUAUCCCAUUUUCUGAUGGCGAGAGAAUUUCUUCCAGCAAUGAUCAAGAAGAAUCAUGGUCACGUCGUGACGAUCGCAAGUAUGGCAAGUUAUCUAGUUCACGCGGCCAAUGUAGAUUAUGCAUGCUCGAAAGCGAGUGCUCUCGCCUUUCAUGAAGGACUCGCAUCAGAAUUGCGAGUCCGAUACAACGCACCCAACAUUCGAACCACACUUGUCAAUCCAUCCUGGAUCCGCACUCCACUAAUCGAAGAUCUCAUCGCCCAACCCACCUUCAAAGAUACAGUUCUCGCACCCGAAACCGUCACCAACGCCAUCAUCAACCAAGUAUUCUCGGGGAGAAGUGGCCAUAUCGUUCUACCCAACCAAUUAUAUAUCCUGAGUACGUUACGCGCAUGGCCAUGGUGGCUACAAACCUCGCUUCGAAAUAUGAUAGCUCCAGCAUUACUCUUUGAAAAACCCUCUCCGCAGCGUGAGCACGCUGGGCAAACAGGAGGUUGUGGCGACAAUGGCAGCCACGUAAAUAUUUGA